AAAGUUACUAAGAAUGGUAUGGUUUUGGUUUAUACAGAUAAUGAUAAAUCCUCCGAAACGUCAUUUUAGUUAAGGACUCCAAGAUUUCAAAUUUCACGACAAGGACUUAGUGUUGUACUAUAUAAACUCGUUUUGUCUUAGGUUAUUGUCACACCCAUUUUCACUGGAGUUUCAUAUCCCUUCUUCCAAGUUUCUUCUUGCUUAUUUGAAAUAGAGAAAAUGGCCAUCCAAGCUGAGCACCCUGCCCAUGGUUCCCAAGCUGAGGAAAAGAAGAAUGUGCACACCGAAGAAACCAGUGAGCUUGUGUCGGCAAAGGACAGAACGUUUAAGGCCCUAGAAAGCAAUGCAUUUGGCCAAUCCUUCAGGGAUUAUGAUAUUGAAAGUGAAAGACAAAAAGGUGUGGAAGAAUUCUAUAGAUUACAACACAUUAAUCAGACAUAUGACUUUGUAAAGAAAAUGAGGGAGCACUAUAAGAAAUUGGACAAAGCAGAAAUGAGCAUAUGGAAAUGUUGUGAGCUGCUUAAUGAAGUAGUGGAUGAUAGUGAUCCUGAUUUGGAUGAACCUCAAAUUCAACAUUUGUUGCAAACUGCAGAAACCAUUAGAAAAGAUUAUCCUAACGAAGAUUGGUUACAUUUGACUGCUCUCAUCCAUGAUCUCGGAAAGAUUCUUCACCUUCCUCAAUUCGGUGAGCUUCCUCAAUGGGUUGUUGUUGGAGAUACCUUUCCUGUUGGUUGUGUCUUUGAUGAAAAAAAUGUUCACCACAAGUAUUUCAAGGAAAACCCAGAUAGCAAAAAUUCUGCUUAUAACACUAAAGAUGGAGUCUAUAGUAAAGGGUGUGGAUUAGACAAUGUACUCAUGUCAUGGGGACAUGAUGACUAUAUGUAUAUGGUAGCAAAGGAAAAUGGAACUACUUUACCUUCACCUGGCUUAUUCAUUAUUAGAUAUCACUCAUUUUAUCCUUUGCAUAAGGAGGGAGCAUAUACUCAUCUCAUGAGUGAAGAAGAUUUUGAGAACUUGAAGUGGCUUCACAUUUUCAAUAAAUAUGAUCUCUAUAGCAAAAGCAAAGUUUUGGUGGACGUUGAAAAAGUGAAGCCAUACUAUCAAUCACUUAUUGACAAGUAUUUCCCAGCAAAGCUGAAGUGGUGAAGAAUCAAUAUAAGCUAAUUAAUGGAUCUACCUCAAGGGCCUGGAGGGAAUUGAUUAAUUUUCCUUGAGAGCAAGUUAAAAAC